AUGAUGGCCAACAUAGCGACUGAUGACAUACCUCCCAAUACGCCCGAGUUCUGGGAUGAAAUCAAGAAGAGCCAGUGGAUUCACCCUGAUAUGGGUGUGGAUGAUCGGGUCAACAUUUGUUUACAAGGACGUGCUCGACAAUUGCAAGCGAAGUCUAGCGUUAUGGCUGAUAUCAAACACGACUUGGCAAAAAUUGGCAACAAAUGUGUUGCAUCCGGAUCCAGCAAAAUGACGGAUAUCAAGCCCGACCUCAAGAAGAUCAAAGGGGAAGAACAACCCAAAGGUUCAAGCAAAGAACCGAUUUAUGUGUCUAGUGAUUUCAAAAGCGACUGGGAAAGCGAAAGUGCUAGUAGCUCAAUCUCCCUCGAGAUCAAUAACCCCUCGACCUCUCAUUCGAUUGAGAUGGAGUUGUUUCUUGCUGACUGUGACAUCAAAUUUGAAGAUGAAAGAACUCGAAAGCUUCUUAAAGAAGGGGGUAUCAAGUCGUGGACUGACUUGAUACCCAGUGUCCAACUUACUGAAUCCACUCUAACCUCCAUGGGUAUAGACCGUCAAAUUGCUAACCGCCUUAUGACUGAGGCUCAAGCUCGUUAUUCAAAAUUACAUGGGAUUGUAUCCCAUAUCCGUAACCACCAUUUUAAAUUCAAAGUAUUUUCAACCCAGCGUUUAUCAUAUUAUCAGAGUACAGUGGUUUCAGUAUCUUAUUGA